ACCAGUGAUAACCAAACUAUCAUUACUUGCAGCUGUAACCAUGCAACACCCUUUGCAGUCCUACUGGUGAAAGUCCCAAUUUCAGAAAUCCACUGGAAAAUCCUGUCAAACAUCAGUUACAUAGGCUGCGGCCUGUCUGCGUUCUUCACUGCUUUGUCCCUUGUGAUAUAUGUCUUUGGUCGAAACCACAAAAUGGAUUACUCCAUCUCUAUCCAUGUAUCUCUGAGCGGGGCCCUGCUUCUGCUCAAUACCACCUUCCUGCUGACCGAGUGGGGGGCCACGGUAGAGCCAGCCUGGGUGUGUGUGUUUGUCGCAGCUCUCAUGCAUUACUCCUUGCUCUGCUGUUUCACCUGGAUGGCCAUAGAGGCACUCCACCUCUAUCUACUGCUAAUAAAGGUGUUUAACACCUACUUCAAACGCUACCUGGUCAAACUGUCGCUGGCUGAUGGGGAAUCCCUGGUGUAAUCGUGGCAGUCUCUUUGGGAAUGAAGGACUUCAAAGAGUUUUAUGGACUUACAGAAAUGACCAUGGCUGAUACUAACCAAACCAACGCCAUCUGCUGGAUCACAGAUGACUCCUACUUCUACUCCUUGAACCUGGUGUAUUUCACCCUUAUAUUCAUUUUCAACUCUGGCAUAUUGUUGGUAGUGGCCUCUAACAUCUGCAAAAUGAAACAAGUCUUCAGGAGCACUUCGAAGCUUGGAGCCGAGGCUCAGGGAAAGACUUCGAGAGACUCCGGGAAUUUCCACGAGUCGUGCAGGAGUGGCCUCACCGUCAUGGGUCUUACCUGUCUGAUGGGGACCACCUGGGGCCUGGCCUUCCUGGGCUCAGGAUAUAUCAACUACCCCAUCCUCUACCUCUUCUGCAUCCUCAACUCUGCACAAGGUUUCUUUAUUUUCCUUUGGAUCUGUCUGUCAGCCAAGAAGCAGAGGAAGAGACACAUGGAGGACAGACUGACUUCUACUCCUGUGAAGACUUCAACUAUCAGUCAAAUGUGAUUAGACCCCCUUUCCUGCCACCAGUCCAGGUGACAAAGCCCUGAUGUACUCAUUGAUAGCAUAGCACAGCUGAUGGUGGUGGCACCUGGAUCGUGGCUGCAGCUGCUGCAGUGGUCCUGCUCAACGCACACUGCUGCUGCUACUACUGCUACUAUUAUUAGUCAUUGUUCAAUGAUCUUUACUAUAACUACAAUGCAAGUUGUAUAAUGUUAAUUAGGCCAUUCCAUUAUACCCAAUGCUAUAAUGAUUGUGAGUCAUAUUUCUGGACUUAUUAUAGGUCUUAUUAUUAUCAGUGAGUUAGAUAGUUGCUUUUCUCUCUCUCUCUCUCUUGCUCUCUCUCUCUCUU